AUGUCUCUCUUCCGCACCAAUCUUCCCGCCAGUGACGGCUUUUCGUCUUUGUUCCGUCUUCUUGACGACUAUGAUCACCACCGCACUGGUCAGCAACAGUCAGCGCUGCGUAUCACCCCGCGCUUCGAUGUCCGCGAGAGCAACGACUCAUACCACUUGGACGGAGAACUUCCCGGAAUUGCGCAGAGUGAUAUCGAUAUUGAAUUUUCCGACCCGCAAACCUUGGUCGUGAAAGGUCGCACCGAGCGCUCUUACAAAACUGAGCCACAGGACCAGGUCGAGGAGGAAGAGAGCUCCAAUACCGUGACGGAGACCGCCAAGACUAAAACAACCUCUAAGCCCGACUCGAAGACCAUCUACUGGGCUAACGAGCGCGUGGUCGGCGAGUUCCAGCGCACCUUUUCUUUUGCUCAGCGCGUCGAUCAAGAUGCUGUCAAAGCCAGUCUGAAGAAUGGUAUCUUGUCCAUCUCUGUUCCCAAGGCAGCUGCCGCUUCUGUCAAGAAGAUCACCAUUGAUUAA